CGCGGGCCUGAGAGCGGCCGCCGCUGCUUCCUGGGCCGGGAAACGAUGUAGCCGCGCCAGGCCGUCCCCCCAGCUGUCCGGCCCUAGCCCCGCCGGCCGCCGCCGCCACCAUGAAGAAGCAAUUCAACCGCAUGAAGCAGCUGGCCAACCAGACCGUGGGCAGAGCCGAGAAAACAGAAGUCCUCAGUGAAGAUCUGUUACAGAUCGAGCGGCGCCUGGACACGGUUCGGUCAAUGUGUCACCAUUCGCACAAGCGUCUGAUGGCAUGUUUCCAGGGCCAGCACGGCACCGAUGCUGAGAGGAGAUACAAAAAACUCCCGCUGACUGCUCUCGCUCAGAACAUGCAAGAAGCAUCAACUCAACUGGAAGAGUCUCUGCUGGGGAAGAUGCUGGAGACAUGUGGUGAUGCCGAGAAUCAGCUGGCUCUAGAGCUUACACAGCAUGAAGUCUUUGUUGAGAAAGAGAUUGUGGAGCCUCUGUGCAGCAUAGCAGAGGUGGAGAUUCCCAACAUCCAAAAACAGAGGAAACAGCUCGCUAAAUUGGUGUUAGACUGGGAUUCGGUCAGAGCCAGGUGGAACCAGGCUCACAAAUCUUCAGGAACCAACUUCCAGGGGCUUCCGUCAAAAAUAGAUACCCUAAAGGAAGAGAUGGAUGAAGCUGGAAAUAAAGUAGAACUGUGCAAGGAUCAACUUGCCGCAGAUAUGUACAACUUUAUGGCCAAAGAAGGGGAGUAUGGCAAAUUCUUUGUUACGUUAUUAGAAGCCCAAGCAGAUUACCAUAGAAAAGCAUUAGCAGUCUUAGAAAAGGCCCUUCCCGAAAUGCGAGCCCAUCAAGAUAAGUGGGCGGAAAAGCCAGCCUUUGGGACGCCCUUGGAGGAACACCUGAAGCGGAGCGGCCGUGAGAUUGCCCUGCCCAUCGAAGCCUGCGUCAUGUUGCUCCUGGAGACGGGCAUGAAGGAGGAGGGCCUUUUCCGAAUUGGGGCUGGGGCCUCCAAGUUAAAGAAACUGAAAGCUGCUUUAGACUGUUCUACUUCUCACCUGGAUGAGUUCUACUCUGACCCCCAUGCUGUUGCAGGUGCUUUAAAGUCCUAUUUACGGGAACUGCCUGAACCUCUGAUGACUUUUAAUCUGUAUGAAGAAUGGACACAAGUUGCAAGUGUGCAGGAUCAAGACAAAAAGCUUCAGGAUUUGUGGAGAACAUGUCAAAAGUUGCCACCACAAAAUUUUGUUAACUUUAGGUAUUUAAUCAAGUUCCUUGCAAAGCUUGCUCAGACCAGCGACGUCAAUAAAAUGACUCCCAGCAACAUUGCAAUUGUGUUAGGCCCUAACUUAUUAUGGGCCAAAACUGAAGGAACUCUGGCUGAAAUGGCAGCGGCCACCUCUGUCCACGUGGUUGCAGUCAUCGAGCCCAUUAUCCAGCAUGCUGACUGGUUCUUCCCUGAAGAGGUGGAAUUUAACGUAUCGGAAGCAUUUGUGCCUCUCGUCACCCCAAAUUCCAAUCACUCAUCUCACACUGGAAAUGACUCUGACUCAGGGACCCUCGAGAGAAAGCGACCUGCCAGCAUGGCGGUCAUGGAAGGGGACUUGGUGAAGAAGGAGAGCUUUGGUGUGAAGCUUAUGGACUUCCAGGCCCACCGGCGGGGUGGCACUCUAACUAGAAAGCACAUAGCCCCAGCUUUCCAGCCACCACUCCCGCCCACAGAUGGCAGCACCUUGGCUCCUGCAGGCCCAGAGCCCCCUCCCCAGAGCUCUAGGGCUGAAAGCAGCGCAGGGGGUGGGACGGUCCCCUCCACUGCGGGCACACUGGAGCAGGGGCCAAGCUCGGGCGACAGUCCACCAAAACCCAAGGACCCCGCACCUGCUCCUGCCCCGGCGAGAAACAGCAGUCAGAUGGCCACUGGCCAGAACCAGGUCCAGACCACGGCUGGCUCCCAUCAGCUCUCUGUCGGCCCAGGGCACAAUUCCGCAGGCCCUAGCCCGCACACUCUGCGCCGAGCUGUUAAAAAACCUGCUCCUGCACCCCCGAAGCCAGGAAACCCACCUCCUGGCCAUCCUGGGGGCCAGAGUUCUCCAGGAACAUCUCAGCACCUACCCAGCCUGUCACCAAAGCCAACCACGCGAAGCCCUUCUCCUCCCGCCCAGCAUGUGGGCCAGGCCCCUGGCCAACCGUGUACCACCUCACAGCCUUCUGCGCCCCGGAGGUACUCGAGCAGCCUGUCCCCGAUACAAGCUCCCAAUCACCCACCACCGCAGCCCCCGACGCAGGCCACACUGCUGGGGCACAGCAAACCGAGUAGCCAAGGCCCGCCCGCUCCCGUGGCUUUGCCCAGUGAGCCUGGACUUGAGCAGCCGCUUCACACCCCUCCCCAGACUCCAACGCCCCCCAGUACUCCACCUUUAGGAAAACAGAACCCCAGCCUGCCAGCUUCUCAGACCCAGGCGGUGAGUAAUCCCGAGAUGGCACAGCCACACACCGGAACCUUACCAAGACCAAGACCAGUACCAAAGCCGAGGAAUCGACCCAGCAUGCCUCCACCCCCACAUCCUCCUGGUGCCCACUCAGCUGGGGAUGGCACCCUCACCAACGCUGCUCCCACUGCCUCCAAAAUAGUCACGGAUGCCCUCACAGACACCAGUUGUAGAGUUUCAGAGCCGCUUCGCAGCACCUUUCCUGACAUGCAUUCAGACUCAGCCAGCAAAGACCUGCCCGGACGCAUUCUGUUGGAUAUAGACAACGAUACAGAAAGCACCGCCCUGUGAAGAAAGCCCCGCCCCCUUCCCCGCCCCCUUCCACUGUGGAGCCCGGAACUGGGGAACUGGGCAGGUGCAUGGUUCUCUCCGCAGACCAAACAGUGAAGAGCUUUCAGUGAAGGGAAAAAGAAGGUCUGGCAUGCAGGCCUUUGCCUUCCCACAGCCUCAGGAGAAGGUGGAGGCUGACACUUUAAGCUGAAUGAUCUGUGUCUUGAAGAAGUUGGCUUUCUUUACACGGGAAAGAAAUCAUGCCAAAAAAUUUUUUUAAAAAAUUUUAAAAAGAAAGAAAAAAAAGAAAAAAGAAGUACCUAGAAUGGAAGGAGUAUUACUGCCGAGACGCGCAUAGGAAGCUUUGUCACUGCCGUUGAGGCAGGUGGCACAAAAGGCAAUUUGGAAUGAAGAAGAAGUAGUGCGUGAACAAUCUAUUUAAUAAAAUAUAUGCAUUAUGCAAAUCGCCUACUUCCUGCUACUUGGACUUUCAUUCUUAUAUAUUAGGAAGGAGGUUCUUCUCCUUCACCAUUGCUGCAGAAUCGUUUUGUAUGAAGUAUGGUCGUCCCUCCCCGAACCCCUCCAAACCGUGAGCAUUGACGGUGACUGCUGGAUCCGUCACCUCAGCAAGCUGGAUGUGACUUGUGCCUUGUUGGAUCGCCAGAAUGUAGAAGGAAAUGUACUGUUCUUUUUUUUUUUAUUUUAAACAGUGUAAUUGCUACUUGAUAAGGACCCGAACAUUAUUCUAGUUUCAUGUUUAAUUUGAAUUAAAUAUAUUCUGUGGUUUA